AUGGAAGAUGAAUCAGAUUAAGAGUAAGAGAAUGAUGAAGCAGAAAAAAUUAAUAAUCCUAUUAAUAAAGAAUAUAAAAAAAAGAAAAAAGCAAAAUUGUAAUAAUUAUCAACUUCUAAACAAGAAAGAAUUGAAGAUCAUAAGAGAUAUCUUUAAUUUUUAAAAUAAGAAUUAAAAGAAAUGCUUGAUAAAAAAGUUAAUCUUAAAGAAAUCAAAGAACAUAUUAAUAUAAUACUUAGUGAAAUAGGAGGUAUUAGUUUAGAUUAAGAUUUAGACUAUUAUAUUUAAUUAUGUAUAUAAUUAUUUUAUUUAGAUAAAUCUAGAGCUUAAGAAUUGAGUUAAGUAAAUGUAGAAUCUCAUGAAAUUAGAUUUUAAAACCAAUAACCAAUUUGUGAGUUGAAAUUAAAAAGAGAAAUUAAAGGAUUAAAAUUUGCCAAAGAUUGUGAUAGAAUCACUAAACUAAAGCCAGUUGAUUAUGAAGAUAUUAUUGAAAGUUAAAAGUAAAAACUAAUAAUCAAUUUCUAGCUAAAUAUAAAUAGAAGAAGAACAAAAAGAUUUUUAAGAAUAUCAAACUUAUCAUUAUUCACCUUAAUUUAGAUAUGAAUAAAAACCUUCUCCUUUAUAAACUGAUUUAAUCUAGGUUUCCUUAGAUGUCACAAGAAGUCAAACACCAAAUAAAAGAAGACUUUAUAGAACCAAUCCAAGAUUUGAAUCAGAUUUUACUAUUAAUAGAUUUAAAAAGAAAUCUUCAAAUAAAAAUACAAAGUAACAAAAAUAUUAAAAACAAACUUAACCAAUUAUGAUGAAAAAAGAUCCACUUAAUGAUAAUUUUCCAUAUUUGCAUAAAUACAAACCAGAAUUAUUAAAAACUAUUUUAGAAGCUCGAAUUAAUUUAGAAUAACUGAUUUGA